AGCAAUUGGUCAUUUACAUACAUACACAGUAUCAUACAUGAAACAAUGACAUUCUGACGCCACACGGGGGCGGGACUAAACCCUCCAGGGAGUCCGCGAGUACCAGUCUCGAGCCCCACGCAGCCUCCGCGUCCGAGAUAUAAUAAUAGCAUCAUUGAGUUUGGUGUAGAGACAGCGAAUAGACCGUAUGAAAAGAGGAAGACAAGCAUUAUUUAUUAACCUGUGAGCUCAUUUACUGGAAUAUUUCGUUGAUGUAUCGUUAUUCAUUCUUUAUGGAUGUAAAAUAGGGACAAACCAUCUUUAUAUUCUUUAAUUUUCCCUUUUUAUCUGGGCGGCCAGUAAAGCAUCCUGCGCUUUUCAAAAUGGCUGAGAUUACAGAAUUACGACCUGCAUAUGACAUGUCACCGGUGCUGGCUGGUUUUAUCGGUGCGGCGGCUCUGGUGGUUGCCGUGGUGAUCCUGGUUCUCCUGUGGUCCUUCUGCCAGCGUCGCCACCUCCGGGUGACGGGCCGCUACAAGCUCCAUGGCGACCAGUACUGUGACUCGGCUGAAGACCCGCCCUACAAGUUCAUCCACAUGCUGAAGGGCAUCAGUAUCUACCCAGAGUCCCUCAGCAGCAGCAAGAGGAUAGUACGGGUGGCCAGGCGCGCUGGGUGGCAGGGGGAGAGUGACAGAGAGAGGGGUGGCGGCCGCGGGAUGGUCCUGGUGGAUGCUGAGAACAACAUCCUGGAUGCUCCUACCCAUCUCCAGAUGAGCCACCUGGUGCCCCCUGCUGGUCAGCCCAGGAUGGAGCGGGCACUGCCCGUCAGGGCCGACUACUGCUGCCUGGAUAGCUCAGCUACCAGUAGCGAGAACAGCAGCAAGACCGUUUCACCUUUCACCCCCGCAUCCUCCGACCCAGAAUCAGAGCCUGAAGCCAGCCUGGGCUCCCUCAGCCUGGCUGUAGACUACAACUUCCCCAAGAAGGCCUUGGUGGUGACCAUCGUUGGAGCCCAUGGCCUGCCUGCAGUAGACGAACAGGGGAACAGCUCCGACCCCUACGUGAAGAUGACCAUCCUCCCUGAGAAGAAGCACCGGGUGAAGACCAGGGUCCUGAGGAAGACGCUGGAGCCGGUGUUUGACGAGACGUUCACGUUCUACGGCGUGGCCUACAGCUCGCUGCCCGAGCUCACGCUGCACUUCCUGGUGCUCAGCUUCGACCGCUUUGCCCGCGACGAUGUCAUAGGGGAGGUGGUGGUGCCGCUGACAGAGUUGGAGCCCAGCACGGGGCGGGUGCACAUCACCCAGCAGAUCAGCAAGCGGAACAUGCAGUGUGAGAGCCGUGGGGAGCUGUUGGUGUCUCUGUCCUACCAGCCGGUCUCCCACCGCCUCAGUGUGGUGGUGCUGAAGGCCAAACACCUGCCCAAGAUGGACAUCUCUGGCCUGUCUGGAAACCCAUAUGUGAAGGUCAAUGUGUUCUACGGACGCAAGCGCAUUGCCAAGAAAAAGACACACGUGAAGAAGUGCACGCUCAACCCUGUCUUCAACGAGUCCUUCAUCUACGACGUGCCCCCCGAGCUGCUCCCUGAGAUCUCCGUAGAGUUUGUGGUGGUCGACUUUGACCGUACCACUAAGAACGAGGUGGUGGGGCGUCUGCCCCUCGGCCUGCACAGCCCCUGUCCCUCUGGCUCCGCCCACUGGCGGGAGGUCUGCGAAAACCCCCGUCGGCAGAUCUCAAAGUGGCACAACCUCAGUGAAUACUAGCUCCUCACACCACCUAAUGCAUAUAGUUAUACCUGUGUGUAUAGGGGGAGGUGGAGGAGGGGAAGAGAGGGACUUCUUGCCGAGUGAGUGGCUUUUCCUCAUGCCACACUUUCUCUUGUGAAUAAUACCAACAAAAAAUGAACAACAUUCCUGGUGGGACUUAUACAGUGGACUUUACAGUGGUUAAGGUUCAACUACAGGAUCGAAUCAAAGUAACAAACAUGCAUACAGAUAAACAUACACAUAUAUAACCCACACCUCUACAGAAUUAUAGAGACACUCAGUCUCAGCAUUAGGUUAAGAGUAAUGAAAAUAAAAAAGUUGUUUGUUAACCAAAAUAUGACCAUGAUCACACAUUCAAGGCUGUUAUCAAUUAUUGUCUGGCCAUGUUGUAUGAAGUUUAGGCGACGGGAGGAUACAUGCAAAUGCACCCCAAAAAAGAAUUGUCAGACUUCAAAAUCCUCCCCUUGCCAUUAUUGUACUUCAAUUAAUCGCAUGUCUGAAUUAAA